GAAAGACACCUCCCUCUGCAAGUUAGGUUGCAUUCUACAAUUGCAUUUUUUCACACAUUCACACUCAAAGCGGAUCAAUUCGGAGGAACAGGAACGAACCCAUUAAGACAUUCAGAAGGACAACGAUCACCCCCUAUCUGUUCAUCGUUUGCUAACAAGACUCUCACCCCACGCCUCCCUUUCUCCUGCCGUACCGGCCAUACUGACACUAUAGACUUAACCGCCUAAAGCAGCAUUUGCCUUUAGAAUUUAAACCAUGGAUAAAACGGAGCUUAUUCAGAAAGCAAAGUUGGCCGAGCAGGCCGAGCGUUACGACGACAUGGCUGCGUCUAUGAAGGAGGUGACAGAGAUGGGAUCCGAGCUGUCCAAUGAGGAGAGGAACCUGCUGUCUGUUGCCUACAAGAACGUGGUCGGGGCACGGAGAUCCGCAUGGAGGGUCAUAUCCAGCAUCGAGCAGAAGACCGAUGGCAGCGACAAAAAGCUGGCGAUGGUCAAGGAGUACCGGGAGAAAGUGGAGUCGGAGCUUAGAGAGAUCUGCAACGACGUAUUGGAACUGCUGAGCAAAUAUUUAAUCGAGAACUCCACACAGGCGGAAAGCAAAGUCUUCUAUCUGAAGAUGAAGGGAGAUUACUUCAGAUACUUGGCUGAGGUUGCCUCGGGAGACGACAGGAAAGCAACCAUCGAAAACUCUCAGGAAGCCUACCAGCAGGCCUUCGACAUCAGCAAGAAAGACAUGCAGCCAACGCACCCCAUCCGCCUCGGCCUGGCCCUCAACUUCUCCGUCUUCUUCUACGAGAUUCUCAACUCUCCAGAGCAGGCGUGCUCACUGGCCAAACAGGCUUUUGAUGAGGCCAUCGCAGAGCUCGACACACUGAACGAGGAGUCCUACAAAGACAGCACUCUCAUCAUGCAGCUGCUUAGAGACAAUCUAACAUUAUGGACCUCUGAUAAUGCAGCUGAUGAAGCAGAGGCAGGUGAAGGUGGCGAGAACUAAACCUCUUCCUCACCAGAGCUCAUCUCCCUAUUAAGAGGAAACAGAAGAAAAAAAAACCCUUUUUACACAUCUCCAUUCCUUUUCGCUCCACUUUAAAAGAAAAAAAAAUCUAGCAACUGAAAAAAAAAAAAAAAGCCCAUCAGUACUGGAAAAAG